GACCAAUCGGCGUCGAGGGGGGCGGGGCCUGCGGCAAAACAGCAGGCAGUAAUCUGCGGCGUCGGAGGAGAGCGGCAGUCUGCGCUCAUCAUCUCAACCAUCUCAACCACUUCAUCCACACUGGGCAUCGAAGAAACCAGAAGUUGCAAAGCAAGGUUGGUUGCACCAACAAAGGCACCCGCUCUCUGGUAACUGAGCAACGCAGGAAGUGGGAGUGACACGCUAACAGCCAAUCAGAACGAGCUAUCGCCGCAGCUAUGUGGAUGCUGGACGUGUCGGCCCCUCUCCUCCUCUUCCUCUUCGUCCUGUUGCCGGGCUACGGUUGCCGAGCGGCGGACGUUCCGGAGGACGCGACGUCGGAUUUCUCUGUCAGGCUGUACCAUCAACUGCAGGCGGCGGGGAGCCAGGACAACAUUGUCUUCUCCCCCCUGAGCUUGGCGGUGGCCCUGGGCAUGGUGGAGCUGGGAGCCAAGGGAGUGUCGCUGGAGGAGAUCCGACACGCCGUUGGAUUUAACCACCUGUUGCCAGGCGUGGAGUUCUCUUUGCUCCAGAACCUGACCGCCGCCCUCUCCGGGGAUGACAGGCAGUACACGGUCCGCUUUGCCAACAGUCUCUUCCUGCAGGAGGGCAUCACCUUUAACCCCGAAUUCCUGCAUGUGAUGACGAAGUAUUUCAAGGCCAAUGUGGAGACCGUCGACUUCAGCGACUCGGUAGCUGUGGCCGAGCAGAUUAGCAACUGGGUGUCGAAUCACACAGAGGGUAAGAUCCGGGACCUUAUAUCUGGCGAGGACUUUGGCGACGACACUCGUCUGAGCCUGGUCAACGCCGUCUACUUCAGGGGCUCGUGGAAAAACCAAUUCAGGCCGGAAAACACCAGAACGUUCUCCUUUAGCAGAGACGAUGGCUCGGAAGUCCAGACGCUCAUGAUGUACCAGCAGGGAGACUUCUACUAUGGGGAAUUCAGCGACGGCUCCCAAGAAGCUGGCGGCGUCUACCAAGUGUUGGAGAUGCCGUACGUGGGAGACGACGUCUCCAUGAUGAUCGUCCUACCCCGGCAGGAAGUGCCACUGGCUUCUCUGGAGCCCAUCAUCAAGUCGUCGCUAGUGGAGGAGUGGGCUAACAAUGUGAAACAGCAGAAGGUGGAGGUCUAUCUGCCCCGGUUCAAAGUGGAGCAGAAAAUGGACUUGAAAGACACACUGAAAGAGUUGGGGAUCAAGACCAUCUUCACCAAAGAUGCCGAUCUCUCCGCCAUGACAGACGGGAAGGAGCUUUAUAUCGGGAGGGCGGUGCAGAAGGCCUACCUGGAGGUGACUGAGGAGGGAGCCGAGGGAGCUGUCGGAUCAGGAAUGAUCGCCCUGACCAGGAAUCUUGUUCUGUACCCACAAGUCAUGGCUGACCACCCCUUCUUCUUCGUCAUCAGGAACCGGAGAGCAGGGUACAUCCUCUUCAUGGGUCGGGUCAUGACCCCGGAAGUCAUCGAGCCCAACGACCACGACUUUGAUUUCAUGUAACUGUGUCAAGAGUCUUCUCUCUGCUCUGAUUGAUCACGCUGCUGAAUUUCUAGCACCACCUUCACCUACACUAUAAAGUAUAGUAUAAAUACAUUAUAUAUCAUAUAAACAUAUAUAUGUAUGUGUAUGUAUAUGUAGAUGUAUAUAUAUGUGUAUAUACGUAUGUAUUUAUAUAUGUGUACAUAUGUAUAAAUAUGUAUGUAUAUAUGUGUAUAUAUGUAUAGAUAUGU